AUGGUGGCCAUGGCAGCAUGUUUCUUCAUUCUGCAUGUUUUCUUUCUAGGGCUAGUUAGUCCCGAGAUCAGCUUCACAUACCAUGGAUUCCAGCACGCAAACUUGACACUAGAUGGAGCGGCAUUCAUGAGGUCAGAUGGCAUACUAGCAGUAACAAAAGAGUCGAGUUACAAGCUGUUUGGUCAUGCGAUUUAUCCAUCUUCUCUGCAAUUCAAAGAAAGUGGUCAGGGAGGUGAAAAAAAGUCUACUGCCCUUGAUUUCAGUACCACUUUUGUGUUCUCGAUCAACCCAAAGUACACUGAUCUCGGAGGGCAUGGCCUUGCCUUUGUUCUUCAGUCGAGAAAACAGCUGCUGGCUUGUCUUGCUAACCAAUACUUGGGCCUCCCGAAUGAUACGAGUGUUGCAGAGUUCAAUGAAAAGUUCCUGGCAGUUGAGUUUGAUGUAGUCCAGAAUCUCGAGCUCAAGGACAUUAAUGACAAUCAUGUGGGAAUAGACAUAUCUAGUCUUGUUUCUAACAUUUCUGAGCCAGCCGCCUAUUAUGUGGAUACCAACAGAACCAGGAAUGUUUCCGUCAAUCUAAAAGGGGGAGAUCCAGUUCAAGCAUGGAUAGAUUACAGUAGCCGAGGGAUGCUGCUUAACAUCGCUUUAUCUCCACUUGGAAUCUCGAGGCCAGAUCAACCUCUGAUAUCUCUCCCAAUUGACCUCUCGGGGGUUCUUGAUGAUUACAUGUAUGUAGGCUUCUCUGCUUCCACGGGGCUACUUGCUGCUGCUCAUAAUGUAAUGGGGUGGAGUUUCAGGGUUGGAGGGAAAGCGAAAGAUUUAGAUCUUUCUAAGCUUCCCUCUCUCGUGAAACCAAAGAAGGUAGUGAAGAAGAGAGGAUUUGUGGUUGGUUUAACGUUCGCUAGUGUGGCAGUGGUUCUCCUGCUCAUCGGUGCUGCUCUUCAUUUCCUGCACAAAUUUACAGAUGAGGAUGAGAUCCUUGAAGACUGGGAAAUCAGAUUCAGCACCCAUAGAUUCAAAUACUCAGAGCUCUCCACCGCUACUAGGGGAUUUGGAGAGGGGAACCUUGUAGGAAAAGGAGGAUUUGGGAAAGUCUACAGGGGAGUUAUUCCUGACACAGGGCUAGAAGUGGCAAUCAAGAGAGUUGCCCAAGGCUCAUGUCAGGGAAUGCAAGAAUUUAUAGCAGAAAUAACAAGCUUGGGAAGGCUAAAGCAUAGAAACCUGGUCCAAUUACACGGAUGGUGCAGGAGACGAGAUGAGCUCCUCAUAAUUUACGACUACAUACCUAAUGGAAGCCUGGACAAGUUGCUCUAUGACAAUCCUCAGCAGAAAAAGAAGAUACUUACUUGGGGGCAGCGGUACAAGAUCCUUACGGGUGUGGCACAGGCGUUGUUAUACCUGCACGAAGAAUGUCAGCAGAUAGUAGUUCACAGAGAUGUGAAACCAAGCAAUGUUCUAAUAGAUGCAGAUCUCAAUGCAAAGCUUGGCGAUUUCGGUCUAGCAAGGAUUUACGAACAUGGAAUCCAACCCAAGACUACACACAUUGUGGGAACACUGGGUUACCUGGCUCCUGAAUUCACGAGAACUGGUAAAGCUACACGAAGCACAGAUACAUACGGCUUUGGAGUGCUUUUGCUCGAGGUAGCAAGUGGCAGACGACCUAUUGAGCCUCAGAAGACCGCCCAAGAACUCGUGUUGGUAGACUGGGUAAAGGAAUUACACUCACAGGGAACGAUAGUUCAAGCAGUCGAUCCCACCCUCGAUGUGUACAAUCUGCACGAAGCUGAGCUUGUCCUUAAUCUCGGACUGAUAUGCACCCAUCUUAGUCCAGAAUACAGACCAACCAUGAGAAGGGUAGUGCAAGUUCUGUCUGGUGAUGCCAGUCUUCCCAACUUUCAUCCCGAUUUCCACGCAGCUAGGGCUACAGCAGACUACUCUUACAUAUAUCAUGAUGACUCUGAUCCUUUCUCAGGCAAGGCAACUUCCUCCAAGGGCACUAGCUUCUCAAGCUUUGACAAUAAGAUUUCUCCUAAACAUGCUUCAAGGAUUACUUUCUGA